AUGUUUAACAAAGUUCUCCAACGCGCCCUCAAGUUCCGAAUCAAGAAGACCUAUCCCACGAACGUUUACGAUCUGUCCAAAGGAACGGCGAUAGCGCUCCGAAGACCGUACAGCGAUGAAGUAAAUCGCGCGAAAAAUGCAAAAAUUUCAAAUUCUCCUACGAUUUUCGACAAAAUCAUCUCAAAAGAGAUGAAAGCGGAUAUAAUUUACGAAGAUGACGUCUGUUUGGCUUUCAACGACAUAGCACCGCAGGCGCCUGUGCAUUUUCUGAUUAUACCAAAACGAAGAAUACCUAGAUUACAGGACAGCGAAGUAGAUGACAAGGAGCUCCUAGGUCACCUCAUGCUAGUAGCUGGCUCCCUAGCAUCCUCCCGAGCUCCUCAAGGCUGGCGUCUGGUCAUCAACAAUGGAGUCCAAGGAGCUCAAAGCGUUUAUCAUUUACACCUACAUGUGCUCGGUGGACGGCAAAUGAAGUGGCCUCCUGGGUAA